GCUCUCCAAGAACCAUCCCAAGUUUCAGGGUCGGUGAUGUCUCGUAUCAUCAUCUUCUUCAAUUCCAGGGGCUUAAUUAAUGAGACAUGUACUUUUCUUCUUCCCACUGUGCUUCGCCGUGAAAUUCGUCAAUUCUCAAUCUAUUUAUUGCUUGAAUUAAUCCCAGAUUUUUAGCAGUAUAAUUGGAUGAUUGCAUGUCUGAUUUUAUUUCAUUAUGUUGAUCUGAAUUAAUUUGGGAGGAGUAUUUGAGGGAAUUGGUUUUUGUUAUGGAUUUGGAGAGUGAAGGUUCAGCCCUAGAAUCUGUGGAAGAAAAUGAGGUGAACCUAGAAAAAUCACCCCACGAUGAUGAGAAUGGGACUAAGAAUAACGGCUCUUUUGCUAAUGAGAUUGAUUAUGAAUUCGGUGGCCAUGGACAUUCUGAUGCUAACACAUCAACAUCAGAUCAACUCGGAAGUACUGUUGAAGCAGUUGGUGAAGAGGUUACGCAUCGAAGAGGCAAAGUUCAUGCUGAGGAUUCAUCUCCUGCGUCAAAGGGUUCUGGGUUGAAGAAAUGGAGGAGAAUUAGGAGGGAGAUUGUGAAGGAUCCAAAUGUAAGUGUAGAGAGUAAAACAUUGAAGCGAGGUUUACCUGACCCUGCCAAUUUAAGUAACAGCCAACCUCUUGCGCAUGAUAUUAAGCAAAGUAGUGAGGACUCUGUUAUAUCCUCAAACAUAGAUAAUAAUGUUGGGUUGAUUGAUGCCUCUACUAUCCUCGGAUCUGGCUCUGAUUCUGAUUUUAGAUAUGUUCUUGGGGCUGCCUUCGCUAUUGGCACAGAUUCUGAGAAUAGUGAAGAUAGGAGUAACAAGUGUUCCUCAGCAACUAGUACACCAAAGUUUAGACAUGACAUGUCUCCUGUAUCAGGGCUUGCUCAGGAGAAAAGACGGGUUAAGAAUAUGAGUUCAAAAAAUUUAGCCAGCUCAACCCAGCGGGUUCAACUGGGGAGGGAACGCACAGAAAUCAGCAAGAAACCUAAAGGCGAAAAAAUCAAGAUGGAGAAGGAAAAUUCUCAUUCCAGCCCUUCUUUAAGAAGUUCCAACUUUAACCAAGGUGUCUUUGAAGCAAAUGAGAACGGAAAGCAUGACAGAAGGUCAAUUAUUUAUGACAAAAUUGACAGCGGUGAGGUUCAAACUGAUGAAAAGUCCCAUGGGGAAGUUCAAGCUGGUUAUUGCAAUGAAACUGAGGAUCAUCUACAGGGGAAUUUGCCUGCAAAUUUGUCUUCAGAUGUUAUAGAAGAAAAAGGUGUGAACAAUCACUAUUCAGAAGUAGGGGAUCCACUUAUGGAGUGCAUGCGUAACCUUCAAUCUGUGCAGGAGGCACUUGAAGAAGAAAUCAAGAAAUUUGGGGAGAUUAGGAAUGAACCCCUCUCAUCAGAUUAUGACUCGAUCAAGUCAAGCAAUGUAAUGGCUGAUAUUACUGCUCUAGAUCCUGGACUCCGUGAAUCAUGCUUAUCUGGUCAAUCUGAUGCAGAAGGAACCAAACCAACAUAUUCAAGUUCCUUAGAACUUCAGAUUCUGAUCCUGACACAGAAAGCGAAUGUGCUGGAAAGCAAGUUAAAUGAAUUACAGGGUAUGCUUGCUUUGAGGGAUUCCAGGAUUCAUGAACUUGCAACAGUCCUGGGAAGUCAUGAACUUCCUACCGAAGAAUCAGGUAGCACCGUUAACUUAUUGGCAGAGAAAUUUAAACUGGAAUCUGAACUUGAGGGCUUCUUCAGGCAAAAGAUAGAAGCAGAGAUUGAAUACCUGAUAAUCACAAAAAUGAUGCAGAAUUUUAAGGUUGCAGAAGCUUAUCAACACAGAGUCUUGGAAGAACUGGAAACAUCAUCCAAAAGGCAAGCACAGGUUCUGAACAAGCUUGGAAUAGCAGAAAGCAAGGCAGCAAUGCUCAAGAACAAAGCAGAUGAGCUGGGAAACUACUGUAGUGAUAUUUUAGGAGUUGAGGAGACAAUUACGGUGCAGAAAAGACUAUAUAAGGUGACACUAUGCUUUUUAGUACAGUUCAUGUUGUUAGUUAUGGUCUUCAGGUUUUUUGUUUCACAGUUGUUACCCACUUCUGGGGUGGUUGUUAUCCCCACAUAAGCCUGCAAAGUUUAGUUUCUUUAGUUGUUUUAUGAAAUGAUCCUUUACUGUUAAGGUCUCUCGAUUUUCUUACCAUUUUGUGCACAAUUGUAAAUUUAUCUGACUUUUGGCUUAAAGAGAUUAAUGAUAUCAAUGUCGGAGCAUUUCAAGUAA